AUGUAUAAGAAUAUGAGAGGAUUCGUUGCUAAACAUGCACUUCACCUAAUGUAUGAUGAACAAAACAGAUUUUGGGGUCAUGGUGAGAAAUGCGGUUGCGUGAUGAAAGUCACUCAUGGACUACCUUGCGCUUGUGCACUUCAGAGUAUGGCCUCAAUUCCGUAUGCAGCAGUUGAUCCAUUCUGGAAGAUACUUUCUUGGGAACAAGUGCCUGUUGUGGAGAGUCAAACCUCAAACAGUGGAUGCAUGCCGCUAGAGAUUGAGGCUUUGUGGGCUCAUUUCAAUACCUUGGAUGAUGCGGGCCAAAGUAUGCUGAGAAGGAAGCUUAAAGAGCUUUAUUGUCCUCAAAUCAGUUCAUUGUGUCCUCCUGAAGUGAAGAUAAAGCACAAUCAAUCGUCCAAGGAGAGGAAACCAAACCUCCCAGAGACCAAAGAACAAGAAGCGAAAGCUAGCAAGAGGAAACCUAGGCUCACCAAAACUCCUAAAACAACUCCAACAUCGCAAGCUCCUAAGUCAAAGAACAAGAAGGCUAUGACAGCCACCGGCUCCAAAAUCUACUUACCGGAGUUGCCAUCUUUUUUAUGGCCAUAUAUACAUGAAGUGAUAGAUGUUGUCGAGGAUGGUAAUUGUGGAUACAGAGCCGUCGCUGCAUUGCUGGACCUUCAGAACGGUCAGGACGGUUGGCCUCGGGUUAGGGAAGAGCUGAUUGUAGAACUCACACUCUAUGAGAAACACUAUACACGCAUGUGGGGUUAUGAUGUGGUACAAGCCAUGCACAAUCGUCUCACUCUCCCUCCUGAUGGUAGAGCCACUAAAUCCAAAUGGAUGCAUCUACCGAAGAUGGGGUACCUUAUUGCUAACCGGUUUCGGGUGGUUUUCAUCUCCAUCUCGUUAAAAUCUAGUUACACUUACCUUCCGAUGAGAGGAGGCGCCCCACCGUUAGAACAUCCUGUCAUAGCUAUUGGUCAUGUGACCAAUCACUUUGUACAGCUGAAGUUGGUGUCUGGACAUCCUAUGCCGCCAAUUGCUCCCCAAUGGGAAUACAAUGUUGAAGAACCCGAGUCCGAAUGGUGUAAACCGUAUAAAGAGCGUUUGGAUAGAUUUAUGGCUGAACACACUGUUUGGAUUGGUCCUCGUGUUAUUACCAACUUUGAUUUAACAGACAUAACAGAAGAUUGA